CGGAGGCCUCCGUGGCGGAGGCGGAAGCAGAGGUGGAGGCUGAGGCGGAGGCCGAGGCCGCGGCGGAGGCCAGCCUGGGGGAGGCGGCGGCCAUGGCCCGGGCGAAGGCAGAGGCCCGCUGCGGCGGCGGCGGCGGCGGCGCGGCCGCGGCGGUGGCAGCCACCGAGGCCAGCCUGGCGGAGGCCAGCCUUGAGGAGGCCAGGCUGGCGGAGGCUGCCGCGUCGCCUUCCUACGGCAGGGUGGACAUGGACGAAGAGCUGGCCGCGGCCUUGGCUGCAGAAGAGGAAGAGGCGGCGGCCGGGGGCUCGGACGACGGGAACCCAGACUUUCCCACGGCCUCGCUGUACGUGGGCGACCUGCACCCCGAGGUGACCGAGUCCAUGCUGUAUGAGAAGUUCAGCCCUGCCGGGCCCAUCCUGUCCAUCCGCAUCUGCAGGGACAAGGUCACCCGGCGCUCUCUGGGCUACGCGUAUGUCAACUACCAGCAACCGGUGGACGCCAAGCGGGCCCUGGAGACCAUGAACUUUGACAUGAUCAAUGGCAGGCCAGUGCGCAUCAUGUGGUCCCAGAGGGACCCGUCGCUCCGCAAGAGCGGGGUGGGCAACGUCUUCAUCAAGAACCUGGGCAAGACCAUCGACAACAAGGCGCUGUACAACAUCUUCUCGGCCUUCGGCAACAUCCUGUCCUGCAAGGUGGCCUGUGACGAGAAGGGGCCCAAGGGCUACGGGUUCGUGCACUUCCAGAAGCAGGAGUCGGCCGAGCGCGCCAUCGAUGCGCUGAAUGGCAUGUUCCUCAACUACCGCAAGAUCUUCGUGGGGAGGUUCAAGUCCCACAAGGAGAGAGAGGCCGAAAGGGGAGCCUGGGCGCGCCAGUCCACCAGCGCCGACUUCAAGGAUUUCGACGAUGACUCCGAUGACGAGGCCACCUUUCGAUGAAGACGUCCCAGGACCCAGCCAGUAGAGCCACAUCUUGGCUCCCACCCCGUUUACAGCCCCCCACCCCCUAACCCACCAGCAGUGUAUUGUAUUGGGAGUGCAGGUUUCUCUCGCCCCCUCCCUCUCU